UAUGGAUAGGGGAGAAAGUGCCAAAUUCGAGUUCCAUAAAGAGUUGAUAGGAACGAUUGAACAUCUCACCGAAAGGAGAGAAUCGAUCGAAUGUCAAAUUCGGGAAGACGAAUUGGAAAAAAAGAAACUUGAGCAAGACAUUCGACUCUUAGAUGAUCGGUUGGCACGCUUGAUUGAUCGUCUACGUAAAAAUGGAGAAACUAGACGAAAAUUAGAUAAAAUUCUAUCAGAUAGUAAUGCAGCUUAUCAAAAAAUUUUCGAAAGUUCUCAGGCUCUCAUAAGCGCAAUCAGAAAAGAAGCUGGAGAAAUUGGAGGAGAAACUUCCACUUCAACACCAUCGAUGUCUACACAUUCAAUAAAAAAAGAAUUUUAA